AUGUACAAUCCUUACCAAGCUCCGGGUCUUUAUGGACAGACUCCUGACUAUGGUGCCUAUGGUGCACCUCCAGGCAUGGCACCUCCUCCAGGGAUGGCUGCUCCAGGCACUGCUGCUCCUCCCGGCAUGCAACAAGCAAAUACCCAGCCUGGUCGUCCAGGAAGCUUCCCACCCAACUUCCAGCCGCCUGCGAAUAUGCCAAACAUCAAUUUUUCUGCGCCAGUGAUUCGCUUGGGUACCGCGGGUCCGACGAAGCCUGCAGCUCAAGAGACCGGUCGGGAACGAGGAUCCGACGCUCCUGGGCGCCGCGGUGGUCUGGGGUCAAUGGGAAUGGAUACCCAGCGCCAUCAUGGUCGCGAUCCUAUGAUGCAGCUCCAGCCACCUACACGCGAUGAGAUUGUGCGCACGCUUUUUAUCGGCGGAAUUACAGAGGGCGCAGGUGGCGAUGAUGGCAUUGAGCGUAUUCUACGAUCUACUGGUAUCUUGCGUCGCUGGAUUCGCGCGACAGAUGCUGAUGAGAAACCUUGCCGAUUUGGCUUCGCCGAGUAUGAUGACCCUGAGAGUCUCGAGGUUGCGGUUGAAACCUUGAAGAACGUGGAAGUGCCAGUCAAGAGACAGACACCCCGCGCCGAAGGUGACGAGGAAAAAGAGGUUGAAAAGAGCAUGCUUUUGGUCGUCGUCGAUGAAGGCACCCUCACCUACCUCGAGCAAUUCGAGUCUAGCCGAGCUGAACAAGAUCCCGAGGAACGCCAGGCACGUUUCACCGCUGCUCGCAAAAAUUUGGAUAAUGUCUUGUCAAGCCUCUUCCAUCCCGCAUCCCCCCUUCAAAAGGAGGAGGCAUCUGCCCUUGAUCGGGAAGGCGACAGUGAAAUGAAGGAUGCCGAGCUUGCGAAGGAUGGCGAAGUAGUCACUAUUCCCAUCACAAUUGAAGAUGAGCUAGCGGAUAUUCCCCCAGAGAUGCGCGCCAAUGUGGCCAAGGAGAUCUCGGCUUUCCGUGAACGAAGCACUCGCCGCGACAUCGAGCGUAUGAAACGCGAGGAAGAGAUUGAGUCGAUGGAACGUGCACGCAGUUCUGGCUCUCGAAUUAAUCGACUUGCUUCGCCCCCCUUAUCUGCUCCCAGUGGCCCUGCUGCCGGUAUCAACGGUAUUCCGUUGGGCCCACGGGAUCGCAAUGUGUUGAACGCACCUUCUGGUCCGAAGGCGUUCGGUGUGCAGAUUCCCAAGGAUUAUCAGAAGGGAGUUGCUUUUGUCAACGGUGGAUCCCUCAACGGAGUCUCUAUUGAUCGCGAAGGCGAGGAUUCCGAUGCCAGCGACGACGAAAUCGAACGCCGUCGACAGGAUCGGGUUAAGGCUGAGCAAGAGAAGCAAUUCUCAGACCAAGAGCGUCGCUGGCUUAGCCCUGCACACGACGAGAUGGAAGCACGACUUGGCGCUUGGAACGAUGAUGUCGAGGACAGCCGAAAGGCGGUCGAUUACUACGCAGACCGCGGUGUCUGGCUCCGCAACCGCGCCAGCUUCCGUUCUCGUGAAACCAACAUUGACGAUGCUGAUCGCGCCGCUGAGGAUCGCGAACUUGUGCAAUCCACCAAGCAGCAAGAGCAAGCUCGCGGCAUGGCCGACGACUUCCUCGCUCGCCAGGCAAAGGAGCUCGAAACCCGUCCCCAGGAGGCACCACGCGAACCCCAACGCUUCAAGCUCUCUCUUGGAGCCGCCGCGCAGAAGGCCCAGGCCGCGACCAGCCGUCGCGCAAUGGCCGAUGUGGAAGGUCUGCUAGAGGACGAGGAAGAGCCCGUUACUACAACCCGUCGGCAACUUAUUCCGAUCAAAUUCGACUCCGCUGCCGAAGCUGCAGGUCUCACCGACGAGGAACGUGCUCAAGCGGCCCGUCAACUCGCCGCAGAGAUUCCGGCCGAGAAGGAAGGAUUGUGGAACUGGGCGGUCAAGUGGGAAUUUGUGGAUGAUGCCGUCAUCAGCGACCAGCUCAAGCCUUUCGUCGAGAAGAAGAUCGUCGAAUAUCUUGGUGUACAGGAACAAAUGCUGGUGGAUGUGGUGGAGGAACAUGUGCGGAAGCAUGGAUCGCCUCAAGAGUUGGUGGAGCAGCUGGCCGAAGCAUUGGAUGAAGAGGCCGAAGUCCUUGUUCGCAAGCUUUGGCGGAUGAUCAUUUUCUGUUCCGAGAGCGAGAAACGAGGUCUGUCCUCGUAA